CAGUGCUCUCACAAACUUCACGGCCUCUUCCAUUUUGAAAACAGAGUUCCAAAACCGAAAACCUAGAUAGGGUUUCGAGCUCGAGCUCCUCGAUCUCUCCGAAGGAAGCAGCAAUCCCUUGAAUUCAAUCAGCUCCCUUUUUAGUUUCCCUGCUUUCUUUACUGUUUUGUUCUAGCUUGGAGGUUGUCUAUAAAUUCAGUUCCUUUGAGGAGUUCCUCGCAGUGGUGCAUUGGGGAAUCAGUCUGGUGAAAGAUGGUGGCAAUGGUGGCUGCAGGAUUACAAAUGGUGGCAGCUAGACCCUACAUCUCUUCUUCUCGGAUGGUUUUGGCAUCAGGGAUGGCGGUUUCAGGGUUCAAUAAAAGAGUGUCUACUUGUGCAAAUAAGUUGAAGAGCUCUUUGCAUAUUUCCUCUGCCCAGCCUUUAGCAUUAAGUCGCACUUCAGUUUCAUUGAAAUUCAACAGCCUUGUGACAAGGGCUAUGUCUACAGAAAACGAGAAAAGUGGUGCCCCUGGACUGCCUAUUGAUUUAAGAGGCAAGAGAGCUUUUAUUGCUGGAGUAGCUGAUGACAAUGGUUAUGGGUGGGCGAUUGCCAAGGCUCUUGCCGCUGCUGGAGCUGAAAUUCUUGUUGGCACUUGGGUUCCUGCAUUGAAUAUUUUUGAGACUAGCUUAAGACGUGGGAAGUUUGAUGAGUCCCGAUUGUUGCCAAAUGGUUCUCUUAUGGAAAUUGUGAAAGUAUAUCCAUUGGAUGCAGUUUAUGAUGCUCCAGAGGAUGUACCUGAAGAUGUUAAAUCAAACAAGCGCUAUGCUGGAGCUUCAAAUUGGACUGUUACGGAAGUAGCUGAAUCUGUAAAGAAGGAUUUUGGAAGCAUUGACAUCCUUGUGCAUUCUCUUGCUAAUGGACCAGAGGUCACCAAACCCCUCCUGGAGACAUCUAGAAAAGGAUACCUUGCUGCAAUUUCAGCAUCAAGUUAUUCAUUUGUUUCUUUGCUCAAGCACUUCCUUCCAAUAAUGAAUCCAGGUGGGGCCUCAAUCUCUUUGACUUACAUCGCUUCUGAAAGGACCAUUCCAGGGUAUGGUGGAGGCAUGAGUUCGGCAAAAGCAGCGUUGGAGAGUGAUACCAGAGUACUGGCAUUUGAAGCUGCAAGAAAAGCCAAAAUCAGAGUCAAUACAAUCUCUGCAGGUCCAUUGGGUAGCCGAGCAGCCAAAGCAAUUGGAUUCAUUGAAAAGAUGAUUGACUAUUCAUAUGCCAAUGCUCCUUUGCAAAAGGAGCUCCUUGCAGAUGAGGUCGGGAAUGUAGCUGCAUUCUUGGUGUCUCCGUUGGCUUCUGCCGUGACAGGCUCUAUGGUUUAUGUUGACAACGGGCUUAAUACAAUGGGACUAGCACUUGACAGUCCAACUCUUGCAAUAUAAACCACCAAGGCUCAUGGAUAUUCACAUCUUGUUUCAGAGUAUUACCCUCCAGUUUUCUUCACUUAGCGGCUAUUAUCCAUCCGUAAAUGAGCUAAAGAGUUACCCUAUAACUCCUGUAGAUGCAUUGAGCUAUUAUGCUCAUCCUUUUGCUGUAGCUUGUUUGAAAUAAUUUUGUAUCAGAACAAUGUGAAUCUUUUGUUUGAAUUAUUGAAACAACUUUGUAC